CCUGGCCUCCCUAGGGCCUAGCCAGACACAGCUGCGGUCAGAGGCGUGGGAGGAGGUCCACCGACAUGCCCGAGGCAAAACCAGCGGCCAAAAAGGCCCCCAAAGGCAAAGAUGCCCCCAAAGGGGCUCCCCCUAAGGAGGCUCCUGCAGAGGCCCCCAAAGAAGCCCCCCCUGAGGACCAGUCGCCCACUGCUGAGGAGCCCACUGGCGUUUUCCUGAAGAAGCCGGACUCUGUAUCAGUGGAGACUGGAAAGGACACGGUGAUCGUGGCCAAGGUGAACGGGAAGGAGCUCCAGGGCCCACCGACCAUCAAGUGGUUCAAGGGCAAGUGGCUGGAGCUGGGCAGCAAGAGCGGCGCCCGAUUCUCCUUCAAGGAGUCCCACGACUCUGCCAGCAAUGUGUACACCGUGGAGCUGCACAUUGGGAAGGUGGUUCUGGGGGACCGCGGGGAUUACCGCCUCGAGGUCAAAACCAAGGAUGCCUGCCACAGCUGUGGUUUCAACAUCGAUGUGGAGGCGCCCCGCCAGGACGCCUCUGGGCAGAGUCUAGAAAGCUUCAAGCGUUCGGGUGAAGGCAAGUCAGAGACCGCGGGUGAGCUGGAUUUCAGCGGCCUGUUGAAGAAGAGGGAGGUGGUUGAGGAGGAGAAGAAGAAAAAGAAAGAUGACGAUGACCUGGGCAUCCCCCCGGAGAUUUGGGAGCUCCUGAAAGGGGCAAAGAAGAGCGAGUACGAGAGAAUUGCCUUCCAGUACGGCAUCACCGACCUCCGUGGCAUGCUCAAGCGGCUCAAGAAGGCCAAGGUCGAGGUCAAGAAGAGUGCAGCCUUCACAAAAAAGCUGGAUCCAGCCUACCAGGUGGACAGAGGCAACAAGGUCAAGUUGGUGGUAGAGAUCAGCGACCCAGACCUUCCUCUCAAGUGGUUCAAGAACGGCCAGGAGAUCAAACCAAGCAGCAAGUACGUGUUUGAGAACGUGGGUAAGAAGCGGAUUCUCACCAUCAACAAGUGCACGCUGGCGGACGACGCCGCCUACGAAGCAGCCGUCAAGGACGAGAAGUGCUUCACCGAGCUCUUCGUGAGAGAGCCCCCAGUCCUGAUUGUCACACCCCUGGAGGACCAGCAGGUGUUUGUGGGCGACCGGGUGGAAAUGAUGGUCGAGGUGUCGGAAGAGGGUGCCCAGGUCAUGUGGAUGAAAGACGGCGUGGAGUUGACUCGGGAGGAGUCCUACACGGCCCGAUACCGCUUCAAGAAGGACGGGAAGCGCCACAUUCUCAUCUAUUCGGACGUGACCCUGGAGGACAGGGGGCACUAUCAGGUCAUGACCAACGGCGGCCAGUGUGAGGCCGAGCUCAGUGUGGAAGAGAAACAGCUGGAGGUCCUGCAGGACAUCGCCGACCUGACGGUGAAGGCCUCGGAACAGGCCGUGUUCAAGUGCGAGGUGUCUGACGAGAAGGUGACGGGCAAGUGGUACAAGAAUGGGAUCGAGGUGCGGCCCAGCAAGAGGAUCACCAUCUCCCACGUGGGGAGGUUCCACAAGCUGGUGAUUGAUGACGUCCGGCCCGAGGAUGAGGGAGACUACACGUUCGUGCCUGAUGGCUACGCUCUGUCACUCUCUGCCAAGCUCAACUUCCUGGAAAUCAAAGUGGAGUACACACCCCAGCAAGAGCCACCAAAGAUCCACCUGGACUGCUCGGGGAAGACCUCAGAGAAUUCGAUUGUGGUUGUGGCUGGAAACAAGCUGAGGAUGGAUGUGUCCAUCACAGGGGAGCCCCCUCCCGUUGCCACCUGGCUGAAGGGAGAUGAGGUAUUCUCGGCCACCGAGGGCAGGACCCGUAUCGAGAAGAGGGUGGACACCAGCAGCUUCGUGAUCGAGAGCGCGGAGCGGGCAGACGAGGGCCAGUACACCAUCAAGGUUACCAACCCCGUCGGCGAGGACGUGGCCUCCAUCUUCCUGCGGGUUGUGGAUGUCCCGGACCCCCCAGAGGCUGUGCGUGUCACCUCAGUGGGAGAGGAUUGGGCCAUCCUCGUCUGGGAGCCACCCAAAUACGAUGGGGGGCAGCCAGUCACUGGGUACCUCCUGGAGCGCAAGAAGAAGGGCUCUCAGCGCUGGAUGAAGCUGAACUUUGAGGUCUUUACGGAGUUGACCUAUGAGUCCACCAAGAUGAUUGAGGGCGUCCUGUACGAGAUGCGGGUCUUCGCUGUCAAUGCCAUCGGAGUGUCGCAGCCCAGCAUGAACACCAAGCCCUUUAUGCCCAUCGCACCCACGAGCGAACCGCUGCACCUGAUGGUGGAGGACGUGACAGACACCACCACCACACUCAAGUGGAGGCCCCCCAAUAGGAUCGGGGCAGGCGGCAUCGACGGGUACCUGGUGGAGUACUGCCUGGAAGGCUCCGACGAAUGGGUCCCGGCUAACACCGAGCCCGUGGAGCGGUGUGGCUUCACCGUCAAGAAUCUCCCCACGGGAGCAAGAAUCCUCUUCCGGGUUGUUGGGGUCAACAUCGCAGGCCGUAGCGAGCCGGCCACUCUGGCCCAGCCGGUCACCAUCCGGGAGAUUGCAGAGCCACCCAAGAUCCGUCUCCCCCGCCAUCUCCGCCAGACUUACAUCCGUAAAGUGGGAGAAGCUCUCAACCUUGUCAUCCCCUUCCAGGGAAGGCCUCGGCCCCAGGUGGUGUGGACGAAGGGUGGGGCCCCCGUGGACACCUCCCGCGUGAACGUGCGGACCAGCGACUUCGACACCGUAUUCUUCGUGCGCCAGGCGGCCCGCUCGGACUCCGGGGAGUAUGAGCUGAAAGUGCAGAUCGAGAACAUGCAGGACACGGCCACCAUCCGCAUCCGGGUUGUGGAAAAGGCAGGGCCGCCGAUGAACGUGAUGGUGAAGGAGGUGUGGGGCACCAACGCGCUGGUGGAGUGGCAGCCCCCCAAAGAUGACGGCAACAGUGAGGUCACGGGGUAUUUGGUCCAGAAGGCCGACAAGAAGACGAUGGAGUGGUUCAACGUCUAUGAACGCAACCGGCACACUUCUUGUACUGUGCCUGAACUCAUCAUAGGCAAUGAAUACUAUUUCCGUGUUUUCACCGAGAACAUCUGCGGGCUCAGUGACUCCCCUGGUGUCUCCAAGAACACGGCCCGCAUCCUCAAGACAGGAAUCACCUUAAAGCCAUUCGAGUACCAGGAGCAUGACUUCCGGAUGGCUCCCAAGUUCCUGACGCCUCUCAUAGACCGGGUGGUCGUGGCUGGGUACACCGCGGCUCUCAACUGCGCCGUCAGAGGCCAUCCCAAGCCAAAGGUUUCCUGGAUGAAGAACCAGAUGGAAAUCCGAGAAGACCCCAAGUUCCUGAUGACCAACUACCAGGGGGUCCUGACGCUGAACAUCCGCCGCCCCUCGCCCUUCGAUGCUGGGACUUACACCUGCCGGGCCGUCAACGAGCUGGGUGAGGCGCUGGCCGAGUGCAAGCUGGAAGUCCGAGUGCCGCAGUGAAACUUCUCCCGCCGUUAAGACGAUCAGCUGCUGUCCUAGCCCCAAUCCCACACCUCCAGGGACUGUGUUCUUCCCAGAGUUCUUAUUGAGAGCAAAACAGGCUUG